GAGGAGGCUGCCGCAGCGAGCGGGUCGAGGCAGGAGUUUGUUGUGUAACCGGCUGAAUGAGUGACCCCUCCUGUCCACAAGUGAUCACUCUGCAGGGUCCAAGGUGCUGGGCUGGACUACUGGCUGCCUACAAGACAGGGAGGCCCGGUGUCUUUUAGAACAGGUUAAAACAACAGCCAGGCAACAUCCUGUUUGUUUCCAGAAAGUGUUUACAACGUGCAGCCAGAGCAGGGGAGCAGUCUGACUCCAUGUGACUAAACUGACUCCACUCAAUCACAAUCAGAAAUCAGACUUGAUUGAUCCAGGAGGGGAGGCUGGGUCAGCUGUUGCGGCUGCUCAAACUGUCAAGAAACAGAAAAAUAUGUGCCUCAGAAAUUGGUUGAAAAAGUGCAUUAACCCCCACUUGUUCCUUUAUGUGAGGUGCUGAAGGUGAUGCGCACCAUAGAUGACCGCAUCGUCCAUGCCCUUAACACCACCGUGCCCACAGUCUCCUUCUCGGGAAAAGUGGACGCCACACAGACAUGCAAACAGCUCUACGAAUCGAUGAUGGAGGCCCAUCUGAGCCGAGACAAAGCGAUCAAGGCGUGCAUAGCCCAGACGUCUGAGGUGGUGGGACAGCUGCGUGAGGAAAGAGCGAAAGACAGCGAAAACCUCGCCCUCAUUAAACAACUCAGGAAGGAGCAGACCAAAUUAAAACUCAUGCAGUCAGAGUUGAACGUUGAAGAAGUCGUUAAUGACAGAAGCCUCAAGGUUUUCCGUGAAAGGUGCCGAAUCCACUACACACCCCCUAAGGUGAAGUGAUCGCUCUGUGCGGUGAGCAGAGCUGCUUCUUUGGAGGGCCAUAACAAGUCUGGAGCUCAAACUGUGACCUGCUGCUGCGUCCCGACUCCAGGCCGUUUCCCCCGGCGGUCCACUCUGACCUCUCUUCCACUGUAGUUGUUAUACAUUGUGACUAUUGUAUCGCGUAGACACAAGACCACCUCUGUUAAAAAAAAAAAAAAAAAGUCAUCUCUGUGCUUCUUUUCUGACAAAUGUUGUACAAAACACAGGUUUUUUAAAGA